CACGAGUUACAGGAGUGACCAUGGGGAGCUGAGAGAAUAACAGUGAGCCAGUUAGCAAGCAGCCACUGAAAGUUAAUGAAAUAAUUUAUCGACAGUUCGUGGUGAGCUACCGGAGGCCAGCAUGGCCAACAUCACCAAGAAGGUGUCGUGGUCCAGCCGGACCGACGAGUCCGGGGCAGCCGGGGAGGGAACACCGCUGUUGAACGGCUCUGAGCAGCCCAGACUCUCCAGACAGCAGUCUGGAGGAGGCAGUAUAUUUCAGAUAGGCAGACUCAGCACGGUGGAUUUGGAAGAGGAGAUAACGUCAGAUGAGGACUCUCUUAGGGGCCGGCCAAAAGAAAUCCCUCAUAAUGAGAAGCUGCUAUCACUUAAAUAUGAGAGUCUGGACUAUGAUAACAUUGAGAACCAGCUGUUUCUGGAAGAAGAGAGGAGGAUGAGUCAUAUGGGUUUCCGCUGCCUGGAAAUCAGUCGCUGGGUGGUGUGUGGUCUCAUUGGCUUUCUGACGGGACUCAUCGCCUGUUUCAUUGACAUCGUGGUGGAGCAGCUGGCUGGGAUUAAAUAUCAAGUGGUUAAAGAAAACAUAGAGAGGUUUACAGAAUUUGGCGGCCUCUCUAUUUCUCUCAUCCUCUGGGCCGUCCUCAACUCGACCUUUGUCAUGGUGGGAGCCAUCAUAGUUGCAUUUUUUGAGCCCAUCGCAGCAGGAAGUGGAAUCCCUCAGAUAAAGUGUUACCUGAAUGGGGUCAAGAUUCCUAGGGUGGUGCGACUCAAGACUCUGGUGGUAAAAGUUUGCGGUGUGAUAUGUUCAGUGGUUGGCGGUCUUGCUGUUGGAAAGGAAGGUCCCAUGAUUCACUCAGGCGCUGUUGUAGCUGCAGGAGUCUCACAGGGCAGAAGCACGUCUUUAAAGAGAGACUUCAAGAUUUUUGAAUACUUCCGGCGGGACACAGAAAAAAGAGACUUUGUUUCUGCAGGAGCUGCUGCUGGAGUUUCAGCUGCUUUUGGAGCUCCAGUUGGUGGUGUUCUGUUCUCCCUUGAGGAAGGAGCGUCUUUCUGGAACCAGAUGCUGACAUGGAGGAUAUUCUUUGCCUCCAUGAUCUCAACUUUCACUCUGAACUUCUUCCUGAGUAUCUAUCACAAAAAUCCAGGUGACCUGUCCAACCCCGGUCUCAUCAAUUUUGGACGAUUUGAGAGCGAAAGUAUGGCCUACAACCUCUAUGAGAUUCCCUUGUUCAUCGCUAUGGGAGCUCUAGGUGGAUUGCUGGGGGCUCUGUUUAAUUUCCUCAACUACUGGCUUACCAUCUUCAGGAUCAGGUACAUCCAUCGGCCUUGUUUGCAAGUGAUGGAGGCCAUGCUCGUUGCUGCAGUAACCGCAACAGUUUCAUUCACCAUGAUCUACUUCUCCAAUGACUGUCAGCCUCUGGGCCCUGAACACACUGAAGAGUACCCACUACAGUUGUUCUGUGCAGAUGGAGAGUAUAACUCCAUGGCAACAGCCUUUUUCAACACUCCUGAAAGAAGUGUCCGCAGUCUCUUCCACAAUCCUGCAGGCACCUAUAAUCCUCUGACCCUAGGCUUGUUCACGCUGACUUAUUUCUUCCUGGCGUGUUGGACAUACGGCCUGGCGGUGUCUGCCGGAGUCUUCAUCCCCUCUCUGCUAAUAGGAGCUGCCUGGGGGAGGCUGUGUGGUAUACUGCUGGCCUCUAUCACUGCCAAUGGCUCGAUCUGGGCGGACCCUGGUAAAUAUGCCUUGAUUGGGGCUGGAGCUCAGUUGGGGGGCAUUGUGAGGAUGACCCUCAGUUUGACCGUCAUCCUGGUGGAGGCAACAGGAAACGUCACGUAUGGUCUUCCCAUCAUGCUCGUCCUCAUGACCGCCAAGAUAGUAGGGGACUACUUUGAAGAGGGUCUUUAUGACAUCCACAUCAAGCUGCAGAGUGUUCCUUUCCUGCACUGGGAGGCUCCUGCCACCUCCCACUGGUUGACAGCUCGAGAGGUCAUGAGUUCACCGGUCACGUGUCUGAACAGAAUCGAGAAGGUUGGAACCAUCGUGGACAUCCUUAGCAACACCUCCACCAAUCACAACGGCUUCCCCGUCGUUGUGCAGAUUACUGGUAGCGAUGAGCCAGCGAAACUCUGCGGUCUCAUCCUUCGCUCUCAGCUCAUUGUUCUUCUCAAACACAAGGUGUUUGUGGAGUUGGCCCGAUCCAGACUGACUCAGAGGAAACUCCAGCUCAAGGACUUCAGAGACGCCUACCCUCGCUUCCCCCCGAUCCAGAGCAUCCACGUCUCCCAGGAUGAGAGGGAGUGUAUGAUGGAUCUCACAGAGUUCAUGAACGCAACGCCUUACACUGUACCUCAGGAUACAUCCCUACCGCGUGUGUUUAAGCUGUUCAGAGCACUGGGACUCAGACACCUAGUGGUGGUAGACGACGAGAACAGGGUGAUCGGACUGGUGACCAGGAAGGACUUGGCCAGAUAUCACCUGGGCAAACACGGCCUGGAGGAGCUUCAGCUGGCCCAGACAUAGUACACACACUUAUGAACGAUAGUACGUGUUCACCUGAUGCCUCAGAAGCUGUUCAUCACCAGCUAUGCACCCCAAAAGGACAUGGUCAAGAUACAAGAAACCCCUGACUUCUGCUGCCAGAAUGGGCACCAUGGCAACCAACAGGGUGUGAACUUCAACUCCAGGUGUGGAUCAUUCACCAAAAAUGUAAUAAUAAUAAUAAUAAUAAUAAUGGAUAAACCUGCCCCUUAUGCAUUCUUUUAACAGUCAAGCAAGUUAGUGAUUUAACAGUUUAUUUGGCGUCUGAGCGGUCAAAGUAUACUGUAGCAAAAGGCAGAAUAAGGAAGAUAAGGAGUAUUUGUUGUAUUAUAUAAAGCCUAUUACAUUUCACUGACAAACUCAAACUCUGAAAUUUUGGGGUCAUUUCAUUAAUUUGACUUGGCUCUAUCUAUGAAAUGGGAAACCUGACAUGAAAUGUUAAAAUGUGUGUUUUUAGUCAUACUGUGGGUUCAGUCAUGACAUUGGAGGUGGUUCUUUGAA